AUGGCUACUUCGCUCCUCUCCAAGAGACUGCGUUCCUCCGAGGCUGAUCCGGACGCCGAACCCAGCUGGAUUCGCCGUCAGGUCACCUCUGGUCUGCAAUGCAUCUCUCGUCGCGCCUGUGUUCACCCUAUCCACACCAUUGUGGUAAUUGCGCUUCUCGCCAGCACCACCUAUGUCGGUCUGCUGGAGGGUAGCCUGUUCGACACUGCUCGGAACCCUCGUAAUGUUGCUGGUCAGGUGGAUACCGAAACUCUUCUUCAGGGUAGCCGGAGCUUGCGCCUAGGAGAGUCCACUUCGUGGAAGUGGCAGGCUGAGGACACCUGGGCCGAUUCGACACAAGUCGAGACGCCCGCUGUCCGCCACUUGGCUUUGACUACCUUCAUCUUCCCCGACUCCGCCUCCAAGUCUGCAUCAACCGCCCCGUCGGCCGACAACGUCCCGGUUCCUGCCAAUGUCUCCGCCCACCCCGUUCCCCACACUCCCAACCUGUUCUCGCCCUUCUCCCAUGAUUCGUCGCUGGUGUACAGCGUUCCUUUCGACCAGGUUUCUGACCUGUUGAGAGCCGUGCAGGAGAUCCCCGACUCGUCUGCCGAUGAGGAGGAAGAGGAGUCCAAGAAAUGGAUCAUGAGAGCUGCUCGUGGUGCUUCAAACUCCCACACGGCUCUCAGGCUGUGGUUGAUGGAUGCUUGGAGCUCCUUUGUGGACCUCAUCAAGCACGCCGAGACCAUUGACAUUGUCAUCAUGGCUCUUGGCUACCUCUCGAUGCACCUGAGCUUUGUAUCGCUCUUCUUCUCCAUGCGCCGUCUCGGCUCCAACUUCUGGCUUGCCGCGACUGUGCUCUUCUCCGGAUCUUUCGCCUUCCUGUUUGGUCUUCUCGUGACUACCAAGCUCGGUGUCCAGAUCAACCUGCUUCUGCUCUCCGAGGGUCUGCCCUUCUUGGUUGUGACGAUCGGCUUUGAAAAGCCGAUCAUGUUCACUCGCGCCGUUUUGAGUGCCUCAGUGGAUAACCGUCGUCCUCGUGCUGGUGCCGCCCCUCGGCCACUGGCUUCGAGCACUUCCGGUUCCAUCCAAGACUCAAUUGCGACUGCGAUCAAGAAGCAAGGUUUCGAGAUUGUUCAGCACUACUGCAUUGAGAUCGGUCUGCUUGCUAUGGGCGCUGCCUCUGGUGUCCAAGGUGGUCUUCAGCAGUUCUGCUUCCUCGCAGCAUGGAUUCUGUUUUUUGACUGUGUGCUGCUCUUCACCUUCUAUACCACCAUUCUCUGCAUUAAGCUCGAGAUCACUCGCAUUCGUCGCCACGUUGCCCUGCGCAAGGCCCUGGAGGAGGACGGCAUUACUCACAGCGUCGCUGAGAACGUUGCUUCCAGCAGUGACUGGCCGAACUUGGGCUCCGACAGCAGUGAGGGUGACACGAGCAUCUUCGGACGUCAGGUUAAGUCUAGCAGUGUGCGCCGUUUCAAAAUCCUCAUGGUCGGUGGUUUGAUCCUUGUCAACGUUGUAAAUCUGUCCGCCAUUCCUUUCCGAAACACUAGCAACGGUGCUUUGAUCUCGCGCCUCUCCAACGUUUUGGCCCCUGCCCCUAUCGAUCCCUUCAAGGUCGCUGAGAAUGGCUUGGAUGCUAUCUACGUUGCUGCCAAGAGCCAGAAGCAAGAGACCAUCGUUACUAUUAUCCCCCCGAUCAAGUACAAGCUGGAGUACCCCUCCAUUCACUACGCUGCUGGUGAGACUCCCAGCUCCUUUGAUAUCGAAUACACCGAUCAGCUUCUCGAUGCUGUCGGUGGCAAGGUUCUGGAGAGUCUGCUUAAGAGCGUGGAGGAUCCCUUCAUCAGCAAGUGGAUCAUUGCCGCUCUGACAUUCAGUAUCAUUCUCAAUGGCUAUCUUUUCAACGCUGCUCGCUGGGGUAUUAAGGAACCCGAGGCUACUCCUGCUCCCCCCAAGGAGCCGGUUGCGCCUAAGGUUUACCCCAAGUUCGAGCCCAAUGAACAGGAGUCAGAUCGUACCAUGGCGGAUUGCGAGCUGAUGCUCAAGGAGAAGCGUGCACCCCACCUGACCGAUGAGGAGUUGAUCGCCUUGUCACUCAAGGGCAAGCUCCCCGGAUAUGCUCUUGAGAAGACCAUGGAGGAUGAGAACUUGAUGAGUCGCGUGGAUGCUUUUACCCGAGCUGUCAAGAUCCGCCGUGCUGUGAUCGCCCGUACGCCUGCCACUUCUCAUAUCACCAGCUCCCUAGAGGUGUCGAAGCUUCCUUUCAAGGAUUAUAACUACGGCUUGGUUCACGGUGCCUGCUGUGAAAAUGUUAUUGGUUAUCUCCCCCUCCCUAUUGGUGUUGCCGGUCCCAUCAAGAUCGACGGCCAAGACUACUUCAUCCCUAUGGCUACUACCGAAGGUGUGCUCGUGGCCAGUACCAGUCGUGGCUCCAAGGCCAUCAACGCUGGUGGCGGCGCUGUGACUGUUCUGACUGGUGACGGUAUGACUCGUGGGCCUUGCGUGACCUUCCCUACCCUCGCUCGGGCUGCCGCGGCGAAGGUUUGGAUUGACUCCGAAGAAGGCCGCAGCAUCAUCACCGCUGCUUUUAACUCGACUAGUCGUUUUGCUCGUCUCCAAAGUCUGAAGACCGCUCUCGCUGGUACCUACCUCUACAUCCGCUUCAAGACCACCACCGGUGAUGCUAUGGGCAUGAACAUGAUUUCCAAGGGCUGCGAGAAGGCUCUCGACGUUAUGUCAAAGGAGUGUGGCUUCGAUGACAUGUCUAUCAUCUCGCUGUCUGGUAACUUCUGUACCGAUAAGAAGUCUGCUGCCAUCAACUGGACCGAUGGUCGUGGCAAGUCUGUCGUGGCCGAGGCCAUCAUUCCUGGCGAUAUCGUCAAGAGUGUUCUCAAGAGCGAUGUCAACGCUCUGGUGGAACUGAACGUCAGCAAGAACUUGAUUGGAAGCGCCAUGGCUGGUAGCUUGGGUGGUUUCAACGCCCACGCCUCCAACAUUGUGUCUGCCAUAUUUUUGGCCACUGGCCAGGACCCCGCCCAGAACGUCGAGAGCAGCAGUUGUAUCACGACUAUGAAGAACAACAACGGUGACCUCCAAAUCGCUGUGUCGAUGCCUUCCAUUGAGGUCGGUACCAUUGGUGGUGGUACUAUCCUCGAGGCCCAGGGCGCGAUGUUGGAUCUGCUUGGUGUCCGCGGUGCUCACACCACCACCCCUGGUGAGAACGCCCGCCAACUGUCCCGGAUUAUCGCGGCUUCCGUUCUCGCUGGUGAGCUCAGUCUCUGUGCUGCUCUCGCCGCUGGUCACCUUGUCAGAGCCCACAUGGCCCACAACCGCAGUGCCGCUCCUACGCGGUCAUCGACCCCCGUCUCUGCUGCCGUUGGUGCCGCCCGUGGCCUUUCUAUGACCUCGAAGUAA